AUGAGAAUGUUAUUGCUAUCGCAUAUCAAAGUAAGGCCACACUUUGCAAAAGUUCAGGUACGCUCCAGACACGAAUGCCAUUCUGAUACUCAUUUAGAUUCAGCUUUCAGAUACGCUCCAGACACGGAUGCCAUCUUGAUACUCAUUCAGACUCAACAUUCAGAUAUAAUUCAGAUACACUCCAGACACGGAUGCCAUCUUGAUAUUUAUUCAGAUUCAACUUUUGAUACAGUUCAGAUACGCUUCAGAUACGAAUGUCAUCCUGAUACUCAUUCAGAUUCAACUCUUAGAUACAGUUCAGAUACGCUCCAGACACGGAUGCCAUUCUGA